ACUCUUCAGACUUCACUUGUUACUAAGAUCCUUCAAUCAACCUUGGUCUAGGGUGGUUUGUGACUUACAAGAUGCUGUAAUUGUAAUAUGCAUAGAGUGUUGAAGAACCUCUUAGAAUUAUAUUCCAUUUAAUGAUUUAUAACUGAAUGAUGAAUAUUUAAAUUAACAGAUGAUAAAGUACCUAAAUGGGUAUUCUUUCCACAACUUAUUCUGCAUAUUUCCUGCUUAGUUAAUUUCUUAUAGUCAUGUUAUCCAUCUUCAGACUGGAAAUAUUUUAAUUGUUACUUAGUAAAGGCUUUAAAUUUUAGAAAUGGAGGUUGAUGACGAGGUAGAAGCUGACUUACUGCGUCAGUUCAAUUGUCUCAACACAUCUGACAAAGAGGUUCUGGUUAAAGAACUUCAAGGAUUGCUGGGCAAAAGUUCGGAAUUGACUGAGCAAUCAGCACGUUUUUACCUUGAUAUGGCUGAUUGGAAUUUGCAAGCAGCCAUAUGUGCUUACUUUGACCUACAGUCAUCAACAAGGCUCCCUCAAAUGACGUUCUUGCAAGAUGUUACUAUUGGAGAAGGGGAAAGUGUACCUCCAAGCACCAGUUUUGUGAAAACGUGGCGAGUAGAGAACAGUGGGAAUGACCCAUGGCCGAUGGGUUGCCGCCUACUGCACACUGGUGGUGAUCGCUUGGGAGCCGCAGAGGCCAGUGAUCCAUUACUGUGUCUACCGCCACACACCAGUCUUGAGGUCUCCAUGAAGAUGGUGGCUCCUCCAAACAAAGGCCUCUACUCCAGCAAGUGGAGAAUGACUACACAUCAGGGACACUUCUUUGGUGACACAAUUUGGGUGAUACUGCAAGUGGAUGAUGGUGGGACUUUGGCUCUCAUGCAGCAAAUGAUGAACCUCAAAGAGCUCGGCUCAUCUCCUCCUGUAGCGCCACCCCCGUCUCCCGCACAUGCUGCAGCAGCCGCCGCCACUUCCUGCUCCUCUCUGAAUCCCUUCAGUCCUAACAGAGAUUUUGCCACGAUUCCUAGGCUCUCAUUUAUGAGUGCUCCUCUCCCAUUCUCCAGUGUUGGAGAUGGUGGCGCAUCAACCCCUUUGAUGAAUUUCCCUGCAGUUUCUGAUGCCGUGUGUACCUCUUCAGCCUCCUCUUAUUGUCCCAACAAUGAUCAAGGUUCCUUGUUGUCAUCUUUCCCUUGUCCGGGCUCUUUCGACCCACAAAGUGGCCAACCUCCAGACCCAGACGUGAACAUGAGUUAGCGAGCACAACUUGAAUUCGCUCCUGUACCUGACUUGUGUUACUGAACUACUCACUAAAUAUAUUAAUUGCUAUUCAAAUUCUCGCGUAUCUUUAUUGAAACGUAGAUGCCUUGUUUACUUCAAAGAGAUUCUUGAUCUUAAUGUGUAUAUCAGGCAUCUCUUGACAGGCUGUGGACUCUCAUUAGUUACGGUCUACUACAAUAAACCGGCACUAUUUCUUGGGACCUGGCAACUGCUACAGUUAUUGAUUUUUAUGUCUGCCUAAUUUUUUUACGGAUGAAAUAAAUUCAAUAAUAAUGUAAUCAGCUUCACGGCUGUGAGUGUGAAGUAAAUAAAGCGGUCAAAAAGCCUUAGUAAGAUUUAAAGUACAUUAAAAAUUAGUAUUCAUCUUAUUUGUGGGACUGCCAUCUCUGAUUAUUAAUUUAUUCUUGAAGUAAAAUUAAUGGCAGUUCAACUUUGAUGACCGAUUCUUCCGAUGAAUGUAUAUUAGUCAAGGUUAGCUGUGUUCUCUCACUAAAGUGUCUCGAGAUGUUAGCUCUGAAGAGCACUGUUCGAUACGAGCAUCACCUUCAUUUGCGCUGAUUACUUUAGGCACGCACUUGUCUGGCAUCCAUAUUUGUUACUGUUCUUGUCCCUCUUUACUUCUAACAUCCAUACUCUCUGUACCGCACAUGCUUUAAUCUUGCUCACAUGUAGGAGUGGAGGUUUGAGCUGAUUUGAACAAUUAAUAUUUAAUUUAAUCUUGAUAUUUUGACAAGUGCAAUUUAUAAUUCAAAAGCUGUUGCUUGCAUUGUAACACGAAUUGAAGUUGGCGACUUUUUCCGUAGCGCCCAAACCUUACAUGUCCUCGCGCAGCUGCCUCCUAUUGGAAUAUUUAAGGACCUUGUGAUUAAAUUUUUUAAUGUGCCUGGAAGAUUUUGGUUUUGUUAAUCAAAAUUUGUUUUACCCUCAUCCGAAAUUAUUGUAUACCGGUACUCUAUUUCUUGCUUUGUUGUUUUUAACGAACCACAAACUUUAAUAUAAAUCGCACGGUCACGUCACUUGUAAAUGUCAUCACGUGUCCGAAUCAAUUACUUGCAGCCAAUGUUUUAAGAUUAUUGCUGUAUGCUUUGCGGAGCAUCUUAUGGGGAGGCUUUGCUCUUCUAAUGUUUGCUACGCAAGCGUUUUUUAUGCACUGUGGACCAUCAAAAUAGUGAAGGUAUAUUAACGUAAUGGUGCAUCCUUCCAUUAAAAUUGUAUGCGCGUCUGUUCCAUUAAUUAUUACAUCAUAUUUAGAUGGUUCUUACUUUUUCUGCUCGAUGCCAGGUAAAAUGCAGUCAUUAUUAGAAAUAUUUUCUUGCAGCAUUUAAUGAGCGCACACACAUGGUUCCUAACAACUUACGUGAAUCGAACAAAAUUCCAAAAUGUAAACAUUAAUUGUCAAUUCAGGUUAAAGAUUAUUAUGUUUCGUGUCACGAGCGAAAUGUAUAUUGGUAAAUGGGAUAUCUGUUGAACGUCUGAUGCGAGGGAUGCGUUGUUGCCUUGCGAUGUCAAACAUUCAUGUAUCUGUGGUGCAAGUCAUUCGUUGGUUAACUUUGAUUAUCUUGUGCAGGCCAUUCGUAAGAUUAUCUUGUGCAGGCCAUUCGUACGGCAGAACCGUCCUUUCUUGCCUCUCAUGUUUGAGCUCGUAUUAACACGUUGAGUACGGCGCGACGCACCGGUGUGUUACAGGGUAUUUUUUCCGGACAAAUCCGCUAUUUAUUUAUUUUUUUUCAAUUGUGUUUGCCGACAAAAAUGUCUGAUGGCAGUUCUACCUCAUAAAAUUUUGAAACUUACGGAAGGAAGGAAAUUUUAAUUUUUGCUCCGGAACCUACAAAUUUACUAGUGUAUUUUGAAUUAUAAGUCUUUCAAUCAGAAGAUUUGGCCGUUUUAGGCCAUCUGGCAGCGCUGGUCGGUUUUGCCGCCCUCAAUGUGUUAAGAUCGCUUGUUAAAGCUUUGCCACGUGCAUCAGAAGUAAUAGGUGUACGAGCGUCGCACCAACACGAGUUCAAUCGAUGCCUAUUUUAUUUCAAGGAGUUUAUGUACAGAAUUUAUUUCCUAGGUUAUUUACGAUGGAAUGUUUUUAAAUGCUAAUAUAAAUCGUGUUAAUUAAUAGCCCACUAAUAUGUUGUUGGUAUAACUCUAUGGAUUAGCAGUCAUCGUGGUAAAUUUAGUGUGAGUAAACCUGGCUGUUGGGGUC